UUUUGUUCUCCCUCGUGACCUUUUUUCUUCCUUCAGCCUCCACUUCUCCGUCGCCACCACUACCGCCACCACCUCCAUCUCCCCCACCGAAAAAAGAACCAAUUCCAAAAUAUAACAUUAACAAAGUAAUCUUCAGUAAUCCCCUUCCCGACCCUUCCCUUUCAAUCCAAUCUAGAAUUUUCGAAUGGUUCCAGCAAUCAGAGCGGGAGUUGGGGCUGAUUUCAAUUUCUAUACUCAGCAGCAGGUAAUAUUUUGGCCGUCAAAGGAGGAAGUAUACAGAAAGCACCAUGGCUACAGCCACAACGGAAUCCGUUCAAUGUUUCGGCCGGGAGAAGAUGGUGGUGGCUGUUACCCAAUGCUAGCGAAGUCGUGGCCUAAGCGAGAUCAAUGGCGUUCCCAUCGAACUAGUCCAGCCCGAAAUCCUCCCUACAAGGCUUCUGAACCAAUUCUGCUCCUCGACCGCCACUACUUCGCCAGAGUUGACAUGCGCAUCCGCGUGAAAGGAGGCGGUCAUACCUCCCAGAUCUAUGCCAUCCGUCAAUCAAUUGUGUUUUGGAUUUCUGAAAAUUGUGUUAAUAUCGUGUUGGCGAAUGAUGCCAUUAGAACAAUCGUGAGGUUUAGAUUUCGAAAGAAAGGUGGAGCCAGGCCAAUUUGGUGAUUCUAAGCUUCCUCUGUUUUGGCCGGUAAGUUUUGUUGUUUAGGCUAGAAACUAGAAUCAGAACUCCCUCUCGAGGCUUAAAAUCCACAAAAAAAAAAAAAAUAAUCUUGGGAUUUUCAAUUGUUUUGGAUGACUUAAGCAGAUUGGUGAAGUAUUUGUUGUCAAUCGGAUGUGUCCAUGAUCUUGAUAAGCAUUUGGCUAUGUUUGGAAGGUUUUUUGAGUGUAUUUUUUAAUAUUGAG